AUGCUUUUCUUAAAAACAAGGCUUGCUCUUGCAAGUUUGAACAAAUACUCGGAGGCUGUGAGCUAUUACAAGAAAGCACUGGAGCUGGACCCUGACAACGACACCUACAAAGCCAACCUGCAAAUAGCAGAACAGAAGAUGAAGGAAGCGCAGCCCAACCCCGCAGGGGGUUUGGGUGGAGUCGAACUGGCCGGUUUGCUGAGUAACCCUGGUUUCAUGAACAUGGCAUCUAAUUUAAUGAACAACCCACAAGUGCAACAUCUGAUGUCAGGUAUGAUGUCUGGGGCUUACGGUCCUAUGGCAGGAGCCACCUCUCCAGGAGCAGGAGCAGCAGCAGCAGCAACAACAACAACAACAGCUGGAGCAGGAGGUGCAGGUGUUGGUGGCAAUGACCUCUCCGGCCUCAUACAGGCUGGUCAGCAGUUUGCACAGCAAAUGCAGCAGCAGAACCCUGAGAUUAUUGAGCAGCUGAGGAGUCAAAUGCGCAGUCGACCUCCCAGUAGUGCUGGCAACGACGAACACUGACACUCCCUAUGUUUAACUCUUGACCUGGUGGACCUUUGGAAGAUGGGCUACUUUUUUCUUUUUUAAGAUAUACCUUGUUCCUUCAACUCCAGGGAUGAGACUGUUUAUUCAUCUAUAAAAACUGCAUGAGUUCACUGCCCCACAUUUCCCUACCGGCUGGAAGAGGUCAUCAGUGCUCAUGCACCCAUCAUAUUUGGGAACUGGACUCAAACAAAUGUCUGAUCAAAUGAAACAUCACACUGGGUUAACAUUGUAUGCUCAAGUAAUAAUCCAUGUUACUGGACCGUGAUUAAUGAAUUGCUGCUACAUGGACAUAAUGCAGAUUUGCUGUAACACCUCAGUGAUUGGCCUGUCCAAUGACAAGUCUCAGUCUGAACUGAAAGGGGUUGACAAGGAACAUGUGCAAAACUCAACAUUGACAAUUAAAUGUCAGAUUUCAAAUAGGACUAUUGCAGCUGAAGUUUAAUGUUUCCCAACCACUUACCAUGCUUGCAAGCAAUGAGAUUUGUCAGAAGUACCAUUACUUAACAAAUAUUGUUCUUAAUUUGUUCUGAUCAUUUUGGAUUAAAGGAAAUGGAUGUUUUUGUCCAUUUUGGAGAACUGA